AUGUCUUCUUCUGUUGCUACUGCUUAUACUCUUGGGGUGAGGACGAGGGCGCAGAAAAGGCGGGUGGGCGAGAGAGAUUUGUGGGAUUUGAUCGUGAAUAACGACGAUAUAACUUUCAUUCAUAUUCUUCCGAGAUUGAAUUCGAAUGAUAUCAAAUUCUUGUACGAGGUGAAUACGGAGACGAGAGCGUUGGUGAAGAGAUCAUCUCGCGCGGGUGAUUUGAAAGAGAAGUUUAAAGUGCACGAGAUGUCGUCGAUAUCGACGUUGGAAGUCGCGUGGAAGAAUAGGAAGAAGAAAUCGUUGUGGCCGAGACACUGGACCGAAACAUAUUUCUGCUCGGAAGUUGCUAAAACGAAUAAACUCGAGUUGCUCAAGUGGGCGCGAGAGGAGAAAAAGUGUGAGUGGGAUGAUAGGACGAUUGAUGCGGCCGCAUAUCAAGGUAAUCUGGAAAUGGUAAAGUAUUGCGUUGCAAAUGAGUGUCCUAUUGAUGAGAUGGCGUGUGAAUAUGCUGCCAUAGGAGGUCAACUCGAGAUGCUCAAAUACUUACACGAAGAAGGCAAAGUGCCUUGGACUUCGGGUACUGCCGAAUGGGCGGCUGAAAGUGGUCAUCUCCACAUACUCGAAUAUCUUGUUGAGCGUAAGUAUGAUCAAUAUAACGAAUGGGCGUGUGCGAAUGCAGCCACGCACGGCCACUUGGACUGUUUGAAGUACUUACACGAAACCGCCAAAGCGCCUUGGGACUAUAGGGCGGUACGCUACGCGCACGAGAACGAACACCCCGAAUGUGUACAAUACCUCCUCGACAACAACUGUCCUCUCCCAGAAGACUGGUCGUACGAAAAUGGAGAGUUAUACGCAUCAGAAUCAGAAUCAGAAUCAGAAUAA